AAGGCGGUGGCUGAGGUGGCCGGGUACUGGCCCUUCGGGGCUUUCUGCAACAUCUGGGUGGCCUUUGAUAUCAUGUGCUCCACGGCCUCCAUCCUGAACCUGUGCGUCAUUAGCGUGGACAGGUACUGGGCUAUUUCCAGCCCUUUCCGCUACGAGAGGAAGAUGACCGCACAGUUGGCGCUGGUGAUGAUCGGUGCGGCGUGGGCCUUGUCUGUGCUCAUCUCCUUCAUCCCUGUGCAGCUCAACUGGCACAAAGGUGGGGAUGUUGUUGCUGCUGGUGAUAUUGGAGAUGGAUUUGGCCCUGGCUGGGCAGCAGCAGGUGCUGUCACCGCUUGGGCGGAAGAUAUGAGCACCACAUGGGUGGCAUUAGCAGCAAUGGGACCCUCUGAUGGGACCUCCGGCAGCAAUGAUACCCUCACUAGACCAUCGGAGAGCUGUGAUUCCAGCCUCAACAGGACUUACGCUAUUUCAUCUUCCUUGAUCAGUUUUUAUAUCCCGGUGGCUAUCAUGAUAGUUACCUACACUCGAAUCUACCGCAUUGCCCAGGUGCAGAUUCGUCGUAUUUCUUCUCUGGAGAGGGCAGCCGAGCAUGCGCAGAGCUGCCGGAGCAGCCACGUUGACUGCCACCAUCACACAAGCCUCAAGUCCUCCAUCAGGAAAGAGACCAAGGUGUUGAAGACUCUCUCCGUCAUCAUGGGCGUCUUUGUCUGCUGCUGGUUGCCUUUCUUCAUCUUGAACUGCAUGGUUCCCUUCUGCGAGAGCCCACCCAGUGACCCCCACGCUGGCCUUCCCUGCGUCAGUGAGACCACCUUUAAUGUCUUCGUCUGGUUUGGUUGGGCCAACUCCUCUCUCAACCCCAUCAUCUAUGCCUUCAAUGCUGACUUCAGAAAGGUCUUCUCCAACCUCCUGGGAUGUGGUCAGUUUUGCUCUAGUACUCCAGUGGAGACUGUUAAUAUAAGCAACGAACUUAUCUCUUACAACCAGGACACCCUUUUCCAUAAGGAGAUAGUGACUGCUUAUGUUAACAUGAUCCCAAAUGUGGUUGACUCUGAGGAAAAUCGCGAGGACCCUUUUGACAGGAUGUCCCAGCUCUCCCCUGACCACGAGAUUGCCACUGACUCUGUCUGUGAGCUGGACUGUGAGGGGGAGGUUUCACUAGGCAAAAUAACACCUUUCACUCCAAAUGGUUUACGUUAAGUUGCAUCCUGUCCUGGUCAAUUCUUCUCGGAUUAUACAACAAAAUAUUAGCACUGAGUGGAAAAACCUGCUUGAUUCUAUGCUAUAGUUUGGUCAGUCACUUCAUGGUAAACUCACUUCUAUGUGUAGCACUUUGCAGGAUGUAGACGCUGUCACGCGAGCUGGCAGCACAAACUUAAUUCAGCACUUCCCCAGGCUGAGAGAGGACCGGGCAGUCGCGAUGAUUAGCUGUGGUGAGGUAUUGUGGUAUAAUUACAGUCAGUUCAUGUUUAUAAUGUGUUUGCAAAUGAAGGGUGCCGUUGUCAGUGCUAAGUAUUACAACUUCUAAAAUCAGGGACAGAUGUGGCUGGCAUAGACAUUAAACAGAAAAAAAUUCCAGGCUGUUCAUUUGUACAGAUCUUAUGUUUCUUUUUCUCUGUUGUUUUUUGUUUGUUUGGUUGUUUUUUUGUUGUGUUUUUUUUAAGAUAGAAAUAGUGAGGUGGUGAUUUGGAUGAUUAUUUAAAUGCGUGUUUCUGCCAAAACAGUUUAUGUGAAUCUAGGCAGUGUCAUUGCCUACAAUAUCCUUGCCAUGUUCCCAGAUGAAUAAAUAAAAGUUACAUUGAUCGA